AUGUCGUCUAAGAGUACAUCGCUACAAGUGGGCUUUGUAAAGCUUAAUCAUCGUCACCAUCAGUACGAGGUACGGCUUGCAGGGGUCCUGACCUACAAUCUGCCCCCUUUCUCCUACCCCGCUGGUCAUAUGGUCGCCGCUAGACAUCAAGAUCACUAUUGCUUGGAAUUUCAUUUCGUACAAAAGAAUAUAAAAAAGAGAUUCAAAGGUCGGUCUCACCGGAAGAGGGAAGUUGAAUCCCAUUGUACUGCAGCCGUUUGGCUUUUAUAUGACGUUGAGAUUGACGCCUUCCACAAGAUCCCCCUGUUUUCAGGUAAAAAUGAGUUGAGCUUUCGUCCAUCAUAUGAUAGACAUCAUCAAUUGACCUCUUCUGGCGAGAUCGACAUUCCAAUCUUUUCCUCAUACAAUUUCAUACGAAAUGAAAGUCCAAACAAUAAUGUUAUCUCAGGAGAUUCGUCAAAACCCAGUUACUCUCCAUGUCAAAAUCAUUCUCUGGCUGCCUAA